CAAUGCUAUGAGCGCACAUUUGAAUAACAAAAUAUUCACAGCGAAAGGGAAAAACUGAAAGGUGCCAUGUUUUUAUACCAGGUGAAAAUUACAGAAACAUGAGGACCCAGUAGAGUUUUUGUGGACGUUUCUGACGGACGCUAUUUUAUCUCCCCCCGUUUGUUCACGGCCUGGGCACCCCCCUCUGUUUAGUAGCACUGUACUAUCGCACUGAUAACUGAAGCACUGCUCCACGUGAGUUUUAGCCGCUGCACGAAUUUGUGAUAUUCUACACGCAGAAACGUUUUAUUAUUUCAUACAACGGACUUCGAUAUGCAUUCCAUCCAUAUUAUAUAGCGAUGUGUUGAUAGCAGUUUGUGAGUGUUUAUCCUAAACAUCGAAGUUAAAUAUUUUCUUUAUUUAUUUAUAUUUGGGACUUUAUACACCUAUAUUGACAGCGCGCACCUGUGUGUCAAGUGGAAGACUUUAUAUACAGGGUGUUGAAUCGUUCAAAUCUCGUUGGAGGCUGAAUUUAAAACUUUAUAUUUUUUUUGUGGAAAUAAAAUGAGACAGAUGGAUAUGGCAACAUCCAGUUUGAAAACAGAAACCACCAUCGCUCUCAGUCAAUCUAUGGACUCCGUCAACACCAACCCCGAGGAGGAGGUACGUACCCUAUUUGUUAGUGGUCUACCAAUGGAUGCCAAGCCUAGGGAACUCUACCUCUUGUUCAGGGCGUAUAAGGGGUACGAAGGCUCCCUGUUAAAAGUCACAAAUAAAAACGGCAAAAACACGUCUCCUGUAGGAUUUGUGACAUUUAGUUCUAGAAGUGCAGCGGAGGCAGCUAAACAAGAUUUACAGGGUGUAAGGUUUGAUCCUGACUUGCCACAAACCUUAAGGUUGGAGUUUGCAAAGAGCAACACAAAAGUCACAAAGCCUAAACAACAAAGUCCACAGCCAGCUGCCACCCAUCCUACACUAAUCCACCCAAUCACAGGGCAGGAACUUAGUGCAGCCUUUUUCCCAGGGGCCACCGAGACGUGGGCACCACAUCCUCUGGCGGCAUACCCAGAACUGGCAGCACCCACGGCGGCUCUUCACCACCAUGCGGCGCUCAUCCAGCACCCCGCGCUGGCACAAGUCCCGGUACGGGAAUGGACAUUUCACACCCUCCCUCAGAUUCACCAUCCCACGGUGGUAGCGCCCCCACAAGCUGUUUCUGCCGCCUUGCCACACCCUCCUAUUGCGGCCACGCCUAUUCUUACUAGUCCACUUAGCACUAGUGUCAGCACGACCGGUACACUGCAAGUACAGACGUCCUCGCAGAGCCCUGGGCUGUCUGUUACGGCACACACCAGCAACUCGCCCUGCUCCACACUGUUUGUGGCUAAUCUCGGACAGUUCUCGUCCGAGCAGGAACUCAAAGACCUUUUCAACAGUUUCCAGGGUUUCAGCCGGCUAAGAAUGCAUAACAAAGGUGGAUCGCCCGUAGCUUUUGUAGAAUUUCAGGAUGUGAGACAGGCUGCCGAGGCUAUGGGGCGGCUUCAGGGCUUCGUCCUUCUUUCCUCAGAUCGAGGCGGAAUCCGCAUCGAAUAUGCUAAAAAUAAAAUGGGCGAGGUGGUGAGUGGACUUUAAUGUUUCCCAACCCACCUUCCGACAAUAUGCAAGGAAAGAAGGACGAAACACUCGGUCAAUCCCCAGUGGGCGUGACAACGAUUUUCUCAUGAAUAUUCAUAUGGUUGUGUUUCCAUAGGAACACCUUUUUUCUCUUGUCUACUUGAAGAUCCUCGUCUGUGAUGAUGGAAAUGAAACAUUAUUUGGAGUAAAAAAUUUUCAUCCUUUGAUAAAUAUCAACGUCUCAUAAUGUUUGAUUGUUUGUUUGAUUUUUUUUUCAUUUUAUUUAUACUAUAUAUAGUAACGGAGGUUUUUUUCUUUGGUAUAUCUGUUUAUAUAUGAGAUAUUAUACAUAUAUAUACGUAUACAAUAUGUUCUUGACAUUGUAGAUAAUUCAUGUUACUUAAUGUUUAUUGUAUAUUUGAUAUUAUCUAUGUAAUGAAAUUGAAGGCAUAUAUAUGCAUAAAUUAAUAGAUAGAUGGUGAUUGGAGAAACGGGGUCAGCUGAUGUCAUUGUUAAAAUAUACGUGACUCAAAAUUGAAUCUUUAAAACAUACAAGUAAAUCUACAAAUGCGCUCAAAAUAUACUGACAAACGUUCAUCUAUGAAUAAGAAAUAUGGAGCCUGUGUCGAAUUUGAAAGAGAAUUCUUGAUUUUAUGUCACUUCCAUGCUUUAGCAUUGGGUGAAUGGAUUUUAGGGGAUUUGAUGUGAACACGUGGCAUGACGUCAGCUGACCUACUUUUGUUGGCAUUUUGACCCUCUGGGUGUGUGUCAGGUUUAUUUAGAUGUAUUCAUUAUUUUGCUGUGAUGAAAGGUUAUUUAUUAUCGAUGUUUACAUUUUGUCAAUUUCCCAGGGAAUUUUAAAAUCGUGUUUUCCCCCUGUUCAUUCUUCGUCAGAUUCGUCAAUUUUAUUGACAUCAUGGAUUUCGUGUCAACAAAUUGUUUUAACAUCCGGGGACACCAAUCAGAUUUUUUUUUCAUUGAGCUGCUACAAGAUAAUGUAUAUAAGAACCAUGCAUCAGACGUGUUUGGAAAAAAAAUGUCAUUUUUUUAUUCAGACAAGUUUAUAAACAUUUAUUAUCCCCCUGAAAAUUCGUGAAUUCUAUAUGGUAUGAAAUUUAAAGUCAUAUAUGGUUCUAUUGGACAUGUUUAGAAUCAUCUGAAUUAAAAAAAAAAUCGGACCUUUAAAAAAAUCAGCUUAUUAUUACAGUUGCCAUAGAGCCAUAAACUGGGCUUAUCCGAAUUAAACAAGUACAGUGAAGCUCGUUUAUAAGGAAAGAACGGGGACUUUGAAGUUUGCUUCCGUAUAAAGAACAUAGGGAAUUGUCUUCUUUGGGAUUCGUAAAAGUAUCUUAAUAACCGAGACUUCUAAUAAGCGAUUUCUUUAUAACCGAAUUUACUGUAUUAUAAUAGACUUCAGAUGAACAAAGUAAUAAAGUGCGUCCGUCCAUCCCGAGACAUAUCUUAUGAUAGAGUUGUCUUUUUAUCGGCACAAAAACACGGUCAUUUAAGCUAGAGGGUAUGAUGUUUUUUUUUUUUAAUAUUCCACUUUUGUUCCCUCAUUUUAUUUCCCACAUUUUAAGCUUUGUUGUGACUGUAAAUUAAAACAACUAACUAAAAUUUUAAUCACAUCAGUUCUGGUUUUCUGCACUUGUGUUUUAAACGAAUAACUGUGUUCGACAGCAUUGAUCUCAAAACUUCUAUUUGUAAUUUUUCAGAGAAGUAAAAUAAGAUUUAAAAAGAUUUCUAGGUCUUAAGGGAAACAAGGAGAACUCCCUGUGAGUUGUUCUUCAACAGCAAUAUUGUGUAGACUGCUAAAUUGCACCGACGCACUUGUUAAAGAAAACAAACAAGGUCACGUGUUUGUAACCCCAACCGUUUUAAAUAUAAACCAGCACAUCCCGUAGAAAUUGUUUCAGAAAAAUAUUGAAAAAAAUGCAUGCGGGGAUUUAAAGACACAGUCCACGGAAAACAAAUGUUAUUUUCAUUUUUUGAGUUCAUCAUUCAAGGUUUCACUUACCAACGAUGUUGUACAGAAAGUAAACAUUCCAUUUUAAACAAAUUAUUUCCCCUUUACACCAUGACAUUGGAGGAUCACUCCCUAGAGGAUAUAAUCUAUUUCCCUGACUAUUUUCAUACGUCACACAACUGUUGCGUCAUACUAUUGUUAUAACGUCACAGUGCACUGUAAGAUUUAUUACUUUUUUCCAAGUCACACCUAUAAUAAAAAACACCCUUCUUUAGUUGAGUUUGUCAGUUGAAAUUACAAUCUUUGUAUUGUUUUAUUUAUGAUAAAUAAUAGUAAUUUAUUGUGUGUUUUUAAAAGUUUUUGUCAGUAGGCUAGAUUAAUUAAAUUGAAAUGGAGUUUUCGCAAAAAGUCGACAAAUAUGCAAAUGUUUCUAAAUUCAUGUUGUUGAUACGUAAUAGUGCUGUAGAACUGAUGAAUGGAAUGUGCGAUUGUUAUUAUUAUUGUGUUGUGUGUAUCUAUUUGCGUGUUGACCAAUAGGAUCACUUGUUACAAUAUAAUGCUUAUUAUUAAUUUUAUAUAUUGCUUAUAUGAGUUUUGAUUGUCUGUCUCAUAUUAUUGUGUUACUAGGAAAUCCAGUGAUAAAUCAUUGAGGAUUGUGAUUGACCAAUCAAAUGUAACAGCUUAUUUGAUUGUCCAAUCAGAUAACUUGUUUCAGAUAUGGUUGAUUUGAUUGACCAAUCAAAGGAAAUAUUAUAGGCAAGGCUAAAUCUACUUUGAGCAUAAUCAUACCAUAUUGUAGAGGGCUAUAUUCUUUUAACACAGGGUAUAGAAAAUCUAGAUACAGCUUCCUUGAAUUUCAACAAUCAACUUAAAAGUGAGAUCAAAUUUCUGUUCUUCUUAGGUGUCUUGUUAAAUACUCAUCUUUUUUUUUUGCAAUAUCGGUUUUUUUUAUACUGACAAAGGAUUGAACAAAAAAAGAAAAAUUGUAAUAUCAAAAAAUAAGGACCAUACCAGGGGAUUUAAUAUAUGCAGAGCCCCUUAGCAUGCAAACCAUUCUAUGCAGUAGUUGAGACAAAUUUUUGUAGAAUAACAGUGAAUAUCUUUGUUAAAAUUUAAACUUCGUGGACUGUUCAGUUGCAGAAUUAAAAUAAGAUUUAUUUUACAAUGUGAAGUAAAAUUGCUUGUUUCUAAUGUCAAUGAGCUUUUGGAUUUUGAUAAGAGGAUUUCAAUUUUUUCAUAAAAAAUUAGAUUUUAUUGUAUUAAAAAACUUUGAAAUGUUUAAUUUUUAAAUACAGGAAACAUUAUUGUAUGCAAUAUUCUUUUUACAGAUAUUUUACAUCUUCGGUGAAUGUCAGAAAUAUGUAGUGACAUUAGCUGUAGUCAGUUUCAUUAUGUUUCUAUAUGACGUCAUUGGUAGAGGGUUCUAUGUAGAAUAUUUGUGUCUGAAGGACGUUAAAACAUUCAAGGUCACGCCAGGGUAUUCAGUCCUGAUGCUUUUAUCUUUUAUCAGAUUAUGAACAAAAUAAGAAAAUGUAGCAAUUGUUCUAUCAUGUCACAACACAGUUCUGUUUCCAUGGUAACUUCCUUUCUUUAUAGCCACAUGCAGUGCAAUGACUGUUGUUUGCUCAAUAUUGAAACUUAUUUAAUAGAAAAAUGUUAUUGCUGUAGAAAUUAUUGUAAAGUGGGACAUUUUACGAUUUCUUUACUUGCGGAAUCUUUCGAUAGAUUAGAUGAAAGGGCAUUAUAAUGCUAUCUUAACAUCGAAUUAGUCAUAUUCUGUUUUCCCAUGAUGCUUUGAUUUCCCACAUUGCAAUAGACAGGAAGUUCUUUAAAGUAUUAGUGUUAUGCCAUUGAUGUACAUCGUAGUUUUUUGAGUCAUGUGACUCCGUUUAUGUAAAUUAUAUCAUACAUGUCUUUACAUGGAAUAAACGACCAACGUCA